UGCAUUCACUUGCAAAUCGUUUUGCUGGUAAAAGCCAGCGUUCCUCUCAGUCCCUAACCUUCCCAUGGUAAGUACUGCAGUUCUUUCAGCAGAGGCUUGCUGUGUUGUGUGAGAGAGGAUUUUUUUUUUCUUCCCUUAUUAAUCAGGAGCCCUGAAUGAAAGCCAAUCACAGGCUGAGCUUCCCCUUGGCUUUGCUUUCCUGCCUCUUAGAGUUAAAAGUGAUGCUGUGACUGUGAGGAAAAGACUGAGUUAGAAUCAAGUAGAAUCUUCCUUGGGAAAAUACAAGCACAAAUAGAGGGUAAAUAGAAGCAAAUGCUCAAGCUGUGGUGCUGAAUCGGACAAUACCACAUUUCCAGAUCAGCGGCAGAAUAAAAAAAAAAAGAUUUGAAAGCAUGGCAGAGACAAGGAUGAAGGCAUCAUAUAAGGAUAAUCACAACCUGUAAGGAAAUACUGAAAUUCAUCAUAAUAUUUCAAAUUGUUAUCCCAAGUGUGUGGGAACACUGAAACUAUGUUCUUUUGCUCAGCACUAAUAAUUCUCCUGUGGAUUUCUAAACCAAACCCCUGUGAUUCUGAGCUCUACUUUAAGAGGACUUCGGAUGAUCAACCACAACAAAUUCUGCAGCAUUUUUCUGUGAAUGAUGGAAAACUACUUAAUAGACAUAAACGUGGUUGGAUGUGGAAUCAAUUCUUUUUGUUAGAGGAGUACACUGGAUUGGAUUACCAAUAUGUAGGGAAGCUUCAUUCAGAUCAAGACAGAAGUGAUGGGAGCUUGAAAUAUAUUCUCUCAGGAGAUGGAGCAGGAACUCUUUUUGUCAUUGAUGAGAGAACAGGUGACAUUCAUGCCACACGACGCAUUGACAGAGAAGAAAAAGCCUAUUACACCUUGCGUGCCCAAGCAAUAAAUAGAAGGACGGGGAGACCUGUGGAACCGGAGUCAGAGUUUGUCAUAAAGAUACAUGACAUUAAUGAUAAUGAGCCAACUUUUCUAGAACACAUUUAUACUGCCAGUGUCCCUGAAAUGUCUGAUGUUGGCACCUUUGUUGUGCAAGUUACUGCUGUAGAUGCAGAUGAUCCUUCCUAUGGAAACAGUGCCAAAGUUAUUUACAGCAUACUUCAGGGACAACCAUAUUUUUCUGUGGAAUCUGAAACAGGUAUUAUUCGAACUGCAUUGCCAAACAUGAACCGAGAAAUAAGGGAACAUUACCAAGUUGUUAUCCAGGCCAAGGAUAUGGGUGGCCAAAUGGGAGGAUUGUCAGGAACAACCACUGUGAAUAUUUCUCUUACUGAUGUCAAUGACAAUCCACCUAGAUUUACUCAAAAUACUUACCAUCUUAGCAUCUCAGAAUCAUCUCCAGUUGGGACUACUGUUGGUCAUAUUAAAGCAGUGGAUGCUGAUAUUGGCAGAAAUGCUGAAGUACGUUAUAGAAUAACAGAUGGAGAUGAAAUGGGAAUGUUUGAAGUAACAACAGAGAGAGCAACACAAGAGGGUGCCAUAACUGUAAGAAAGAAACUGGAUUAUGAAAGUAAAAGGCUUUACACCUUAAAAAUGGAAGUAGAGAAUACGCAUGUGGAUUCACAUUUUCACUACCUGGGUCCCUUUAAAGACACUGCAACUGUGAAAAUCUCAGUGGAAGAUGCUGAUGAGCCUCCUGUGUUUGGAAGAGCUACCUAUUUGUUUAAGGUGCAUGAAGACAUUGAAUUAGGAACAAUAAUUGGAACUGUUAUGGCAAGAGAUCCUGACACCAUACCAAGCCCUAUAAGAUUUUCUCUGGAUCGCCAUACUGACCUUGACAGAAUUUUUAAUAUACACUCAGGAAAUGGAUCAAUUUAUACUGCAAAACCCUUGGACCGUGAAAUAUCCCAGUGGCAUAAUCUUAGCAUCAUAGCUACGGAAAUUAAUAAUCCUAAGCAAACAACACGGGCCACUGUUUACAUACUGAUUCUGGAUGUCAAUGACAAUGCACCACAAUUUGCAAUGUUUUAUGAUACGUUCGUUUGUGAAAAUGCAAGACCGGGGCAGUUAAUACAGACAAUAAGUGCAGUAGACAAAGAUGAACCUCCUGGUGGGCAAAAAUUCUUUUUCAGCUUAGCAUCUGUUAACCCAAAUUUCACAGUCCAAGAUAAUGAAGAUAACACAGCUCGGAUCUUAACAAGGAGGAAUGGAUUUAACAGGCAUGAAUUAAACACAUAUCUUUUACCAGUGGUUAUAUCUGACAAUGACUACCCAAUUCAAAGCAGUACUGGAACAUUAACCAUACGAGUAUGCAAUUGUGACAGCAAGGGAAACAUGCAGACUUGCAGUGCUGAGGCUUUACUCUUACCUGCUGGCCUGAGUACAGGCGCUUUAAUUGCAAUUCUGCUUUGCAUCAUCAUACUUCUGCUUAUUGUAGUGCUAUUUGCUGCCUUGAAAAGACAGAGAAAGAAGGAACCAUUAGUCCUGUCUAAAGAGGACAUUAGAGACAACAUUGUAAGCUACAAUGAUGAAGGAGGUGGAGAAGAAGAUACACAAGCCUUUGAUAUUGGUACACUCAGAAAUCCUGGUGCGAUUGAAGAUAAGAAACACCGUAGAGAUAUUGUCCCUGAAAGCCUGUUGUUACCAAGGAGAACUGCUUCUGUGCCAGACAAUACAGAUGUUCGUGAUUUCAUUAACCAAAGGCUAAAAGAGCAUGACAAUGAUCCUGUUGCACCACCAUAUGAUUCACUUGCAACAUAUGCAUAUGAAGGAAAUGAUUCUAUAGCUGAAUCUUUAAGUUCUUUAGAGUCUAGUACAACAGAAGGGGACCAAAACUAUGAAUACCUCAAGGAAUGGGGUCCUCGUUUCAACAAACUAGCUGAAAUGUACGGCAGUGGGGAGAGUGAUAAAGAUUCUUAACUUUCACAGUACGAUCAAUCUUUUUUAUUUGAAGCUAAAUGGAAUAAAUUUGCGGGCACUUGGAAAUAAUAUUAACAAUUUUAAAAUAUUUUUUUUUCUGACACUUGUCACAGUGUUAAAUAAUAACAAUAAUACAUUAAAAAUGAAAAAAAAAAAAAAAAAAAACUUUAUACCACAUUCAUUUAUUUCAUCCAUUUUUAUUCAAUGUAGAAUAUCACCCUAGAGAAUGACUAAUGUUAAUUAUAAGCCAUGGAAUAAAUGCCGUGGUUGCUUUGUUGUAUGUCAAAUCCAAUGAUCACUUUGAAGACUUGAACAGAAGAAUACUUCCUCGUACAAACUCAUGUACACAUUGCUUUUAUCGGGUAAUUUGGCUGCCUUCCCAUUUGCAGCAUUUUCUUGUUCUUUUUUUUUUUUUCAGAGGGAAACAGGAAACGAUUUUUCUGAUACAUUUCUGAUACAUUAUGUACAUUAAAAUGUACAGAAAAUGUACAUGUGAUGUUAGUGUAUUGAAGGUGGUGAAGAUAUAUGUUAGUAGAACUUCAUUUCAUCAGAUAGUAUCUUGCCAAUGUUUUAUAUUUAUAUUUUUGUAUUUAUUUUUAAGAAAUAAACCUGUUUUUACAACUUGCUUAAUGCCUAUAUAAUUCAGAUCAUAAACUAUAGGCAGUAUGGAUGAAAAAUGUCAAACCCAAUUGGAUAGUAGUAACCAAAAAGUGGAAAAAAAAGCAAAGAUAUUAACACUUUGGGGUUAUUUACUAAAUCAGUGUUUUUGUUGCACACCUGUAUUUGCUUUAGCUAAAACUGCAUCCAAACUCAAAACAAAAAUGUCAUAUAAACUAUAUUAGUCUUUAGAUGUUGUGGCUGCCCUACUUUUCUUCUUCCUGGAUUUUUUACUUUCUUUUUACCUGCCAAUCCUCCAAAUCCUAACCCUGGGUGGGUAUAUUUUUCUUCUGUGACCCAAAAGCUUCAAUCCAUGUGCACUCAGGCUCUCAAAUGGGGUGCAAGUCCACAAUGUCCACUGCUAAGAGUGCUGGCCCAGGAUGGAGCUCGGUUUAGCUACUGUGAUGGCUGUACAUCUUGUACAAUCCCUGUGGUCGAUGAUAUGUGGCAACCUCAGCCUGGACUCCAAUUAGGCCACAUCCCCAUGAUCAAUUCCAAGGGGUGGAGAGAAAUGCAUUGGGAGCAUGGCCAGGCUAAGGUUUCCACUUAUCAUCGAUCAUAGGGAUUUUACAAAUGUGCGGCUAUAGGGAGACCUUGCUUUACAUUUUUCUUCUACAGUAUCUAUGGAGCGAGCUAUGGUUACAACAAAAAUUAUUAUUAUUAUUAUUAUUAUUAUUAUUAUAAUUAUUAUUGCUAACUUUUAAGCUCUCAGGAAGUGCAUUUUUGGAAAGAAACAGGUAUUUUCUAUACUUGCUAAACAUUUUCCCUAGUUUGAAAGAAAAAUAAUGCCGUCACCCCAUCUAAUAACUGGUAAGCAUUUUAUCAGGGCCAGAUAUGCUUUAAAUGCCUUCUGAAUCAUUUAUCUAAAACAAGCAGAGAAAUAAGGAAUUCUGACAUUCUUCUGACAUUUAUUAAAGCCAGACACAGCCAGUUGAUUAGCAUUUUAAAAAGAAGUCUGGAAAUUACACAUUUUGUACUUCUCCUAUAACAGGUGUGCUAAAAGUUCAGAAUUUAAUUUAUAUUUAUUGUAUAACACAGUAAAACACAGAUCUGGUGGACAUGUAAAAUGUAUAACAUUAGUAAAUAAACCCCUUUAUUCUUACAGUGAUGCUCAUCAUAAACUUGAUUGAUGAUUUGC